AUGCCAUCAUGUAUUGAAAAAUCUUUUUAUCAAUGUAAAAGUGAUGUUGGUACAGGUUGUUGUGUAGAAGUAUGUGGUAAUUGUUCUGAUCCAAUAAAAUUAUCAAGCGGCUUUGUAAAGAAUAUAAAUAUAAAUAAUUCUUUCAAGCCAACAUGUAAUACUAAAAUCAAUUUGCCAUAUUCGAAUUCUAUGGGUCCAUAUCGAAAUCAAUUUACAUUAACGAAAAUAUUUGAUAAUAGACGAGAAUAUGUUGAUUAUAUUGUUACAAAUGUUCUUCGACAAAUUGUUAAUCAUAUAUCAAUGGAUUUUUUACAUCAAUUAUCUUGUUCUUUACCACAAAAUAUUGAACGAAUUCUUUGUCAUGUAACUGAUAUUGAUUCGGAUCGUCUAAUACGAAUUCUUGUUACUGAAGUUCUUAAAUGUUAUUGUACGAAUGUUGGACAUCUUACUGAUUGGUAUGCAUUUGCUAAUUCAAUUAAGCCUUGUCUUUCAUCGACCAAUGUACUACAAGAUAAUGAUGAUGAUAAUAAAAAAAUAAAUGACACUAGAAAUCAAACAUCAUCAAAAUUUACAUCACCCUUUGUUAACAACGAACAACAUUCAGAGAAUAGUGCUUCUAGAAAAAUUCUAACACUAUCAAAAGAUGCUGAAAUACCAUUUAUUAAUGAAACAUCUUCAACUGAAACAAUAUCUCGAACAAAUAGUAUGAUUCCAAUGAGUACACAAUCAAAAGAAACAUUUGUAUCGCUGGGUGCUAAAUAUCAACAAUCAAAAACAAAGCAAAUAGAUCAAAUCAUAUUUUUGAUGCCGUUGUAA